ACGAAGCCCGUGUAAAACUUUCAACCGGUCGUCUUUUUACUAUUCUCGAGAAAGAAAGAGAGAAACGCGAAAGGCCAAAGUAGCAAACUUCAACUUCUGCGCUUCACUUUUCCCGAUCACUUUAUCACUCUUUGCUGGCUUUAAUAUACCAAUCGAUCACUACAUAAAUUUUUUUUUUUUCCCAAUCAAAUCUCUCUUACUAUUUCAUUCUCGCAAUUGGCUCCAUGGAUUUAAUUGACUGCAACUUUGAGCUGAAAGAGAUUCAAAAACUCGAAGGCCACGCUGAUAGGGUUUGGAGCCUCGCGUGGCAUCCAGCCUCCGGUACCGGUGAGUAUCCACCGCUCUUGGCUUCUUGUAGCGGCGAUAAGACUGUUCGAAUCUGGUCUCAGAAUCCAACCUUUCGUUCUUGGGAUUGCAAGGCAGUUUUAGAAGAAACACACACAAGAACUGUGCGAUCUUGCAACUGGUCCCCAGAUGGGACGUAUUUGGCCACUGCAAGCUUUGAUGCCACUACUGCCAUUUGGAAAAGCAUUGGAGGUGAUUUUGAAUGCAUUUCAACUUUGGAGGGUCAUGAAAAUGAAGUCAAAAGUGUGUCUUGGAAUACUUCUGGAACUCUGCUGGCAACAUGCAGUCGAGAUAAAACUGUUUGGAUUUGGGAAGUAAUGCCAGGGAAUGAAUUCGAGUGUGCUUCAGUAUUACAAGGACAUACUCAAGAUGUUAAAAUGGUUAAAUGGCAUCCAACUAUAGACAUUUUGUUUUCUUGUAGUUAUGAUAACACUAUUAAGGUUUGGGCUGAGGAUGAAGAUGGUGAUUGGCACUGUGUUCAGACCUUGAGUGAAUCUAACAAUGGUCAUACUUCUACUGUUUGGGCACUUUCUUUUAAUGCUGAUGGAGACAAAUUGGUUAGCUGUAGCGACGAUCUUACCCUAAAGAUAUGGGAAUCAGAUAUUGGAAGGACUGCAUCUGGUGAUGGCCAUGCACCCUGGAAUCACGUUUGUACUCUCUCUGGUUAUCAUGAUCGGACAAUUUUUUCGGUUCACUGGUCAAGGGAAGGUAUUAUAGCCAGUGGAGCAGCUGAUGAUGCUAUUCGACUUUUUGUGGAGAGUAAAGAUGGUUUGGUUAAUGGUUCUUCAUGUAGACUACUGUUGAAAGGAGAAAAGGCUCAUGAUAUGGACAUAAAUUCAGUGCAAUGGGGACCUGGAGAGAAUCGGCUUCUUGCUUCUGCAAGUGAUGACGGAACAGUAAAGAUAUGGGAGCUGGCAACUCUUACAUGAUUUUACUUUUCUUUCCCCCCACCCCCCCAAAAAAAAAAAAAUAUAUAUAUAUAUAUUUAUAAACCUUGUAUUGUUUCAUAAAGUUGUAGAAACAAUCUUCCUAAGUAGUCAGCCUUUUUCAAAAUUUUUCCUUUCUUUUUUUGUGAAAUCAAGAAAUUCUAUAAAAUUUACUAGAGAAUUGUCACAGCGAUUGGGUUAGCAGAA